AUGCCUUCCGCGGGCGACCCUGAGCGCCGAAGGUCGGGACCCUGGAAGCCUUCACGGAAACUGCCCCAGAGGCUUCUGGGGAGUAGAACGAGAGGACUUGUCGUAGGUUUGCCUUUUCACGAGACUGACUGGCUUCAAGAAAAGGAGGGCAAGUCCAAAAUACUGGUACCAGUCACAUUCAGGGAUGUGGUUGUGAUCUUCACAGAGGCAGAAUGGAAGAGACUGAGUUCUGAGCAGAGGAACCUAUACAGAGAAGUGAUGCUGUAGAAUUACAGAAGUCUACUCUCAUUGGGUCGGUACCGCAGGCAGAAGCUCCUCGAUAUGGCCUAUGGUGCCCGGCUGGCGGCUGGCGGCAGCACGGCAGGCCCGGGGCGGCCGCGGGGGUCGCUGCCCAACCCCAAGUGGCGGUGGCGGCCCCGGGGAGCCCGCGCAUGGCCCUGUAGCCCCAGCGAGAAGCCUGAAAUCAAACUGCGUUACAAACCAGACCUCUUAGUGGAGAAGCCCUAUGUCUGCAGGGAGUGUGGGCGAGGCUUUAAAGGUAAGUCAAACCUCAUCAGACACCAUCGGACACACUCAGUGGAGAAGCCUUAUGUGUGUAGUGAGUGUGGCCGAAGUUUCGGCCAGGUAUCAACCCUUAUUAAUCACCGGAGGAUACAUUCCAGGGAGAAGCCCUAUGUGUGCAAGGAGUGUGGGCGAGGCAUAGUUGGAAGGCCAACCUCAGCAGACACACAUGAACACAUUCAGAAGAGAGGUCUUAUUUGUGCAGGGAGUGUGGACAGAGCUUUAGAAGUAGGUCAUCAGUGGACUCACUCCCAGGAGAAGCCCUAUGUGUGCAGUGCGUAUGGGCAAGGCUUCAUCAAGAAGUCAUCCUUCAUCAUACACAAGAGGACACACUCCGGGGAGAAACCGUACAUGUGCCUGGAGUGUGGUCAAGGCUUCAGUGAUGAGUCAACCCUCAGAAAACACCAGAGGACACCCUCGGGGGAGAAGCCUUACAUUUGUUGGAAGUGUGAGCAAGGCUUUAGUCCGAAGUCAGUCCUCAUCAAACACCAGAUGACACACUCAGGGGAGAAGCAUUAUGUUUGCAGGGAGUGUGGGCGAGGCUUUAGCGACAAGUCAAAUCUCAUCAGACAUCAGAGGACACACUGAAGUGAGAAGCCUUGUGUAUGCAGGGGUCCUGGGCAGGACUUUAGCGAUUACUCAAACCUCAUCUUAUGCCAGAGAGACAUGCGCGGAGUAAUUUGUAUGUGUGUGUGGAGUGUGAGUGAAGCUUCAGAGAUGUGUUGACCCUCAACAGGCACCGAAGCACGUUCAGGGGAGGAACCUUAUGCGUGCAGAGUGUGGGUAGCUGUAAGUCAACCCUCACUACACAAAGAGGGUGCACUUAGGUGGGAAGUGUUGUGUGUGCAGGGACUGGAGAGGCUUUAGCAGUAAGUCAGCAUUUACGAAACAUCCAGUAGCUGCCUUGGGAGAAGUGUCAGGCAUUCAGGGAGUGCUGACAGGCAUUGGAAAAAGAACCCACAGGCGUGCUCCAGACAGCUCACUCAGGGAGGAGCUAUGUGUUCGCAGGGAGUGCGGGCAAGGCUCUUGUGAUCAGUCAGCCUUCUUCACACACCGUAGGGAGAAUCCUUAUGUGGGGAUACUGUGCGGCUGCUCCAGGCACCUGCUGCUGGUGGCUGCAGAGGUGAAUUCCUCACUAGACUUGCUCUCAGCCACAGUGAGCUGCACUUCCCAAGGGGUGCUUCCUGGCCAAAGAUUGAUUGAUAUGGGGAGGCAAAACCCUAGCCCUUGGCUCCGCGGGGCAACUCCACAGGGUCAUCCCAGAUUCCGAGGUCUCCAUCAGACUGAAUGAUCUCAAACACAUUGAUGGUCAGCUUCUUCCUCUGCCCAGUCCUGUCCUCAUUCCCCAGUAAGCCACUCAACUCUCUGUCUCAUUGUCUUUCAGGGAAUCCACCCUAAGAUAUAAGUACAAGGAGUGUGGACAAGGUUUUGGCUAAAAGUCACCCUUCAACCAACCCCAGAGUAUACAGAAUAGAAGCCCCAUGUGUGUGGGGAGAAUGGGUAAGGAUACCUCAGUUUGCACCAGAGAACAGCUUUUUUGGGAGAAGCUUUACAAGGCAGGGAGGGAGACUGAGAAGCUUUAGCAGUAAGUUAUACCUCAUCUUGCAGCCCAGGACACACUCAGGGAGGCCUGUGUGGGUGGGGUUGUGGGCGGAGCCUUAUCCUGACACCCCUCCUCUGCAUCACUACCUCACCCACCUCCGGGCUGGGGGGUGGGGUUCAGAAAUCUUGCCCACCCCCCCAACAUACUCCUUAUGAGAGUGUAGAUGUCAGUAACAACUUAAUAAACAUGUUUUUCCCACUUUUUGUAACCAGGUAGAAUAAAAAGUAGAAGGCUUUAUUUAAGUAAGAAUAAUCAACUUGUUUUAUUUUCAAAUGCCAGUUCUUUCCCAUGUUUUCAUGUCCUUCUGUUCUUUAAAAUCUUCAAUAAGUUCAGGCUGUGUACCUUAGUCACUCAUCUGUUUGGAAAGGAAUUCAAUUUCACAAAUUUCCUGCAUGGA